CGAUUUAGUCGGUUCGGUUGAAUAAUUGAAAAAAUAAAGAAGAGUUCGCGCUAAUUAUUCGCUUCUAGUUAUUCGAAAUUAUUUAAGUGAAAUUUUUAAUUUACUUCCCUAUAAGGUUUUAAGAAAUUUUGUGGUAGAAAUCAAAUGCAGUGUUGUAAAGUGUUUAGUACCUACAUAUCUACUUAUGUAGUUUACCUUCUUAUUUGAAUUUAUGCUAUCAAAGAAUGUAAUGUUUUUGUGAAUAUUUGUGUAAACUUGUACUCGUAUACUAGUUAAAAUUAUCAACUAGUUACUAUUAAAAACUGGGUGUUUUAAAUAUAAUAGGAGUAUAUGUAUGUAUGUUUGUACAGUUAGGUGUAAAAUAUAAAAAUGCCUGCAUUUAUUAGAGAGGUGAUAAAAAUUCAAAUUUGAAAAUAUUUAAUUUUGAAAAGAAAAAAAUCAAGUUAUUAAAAAUUUAUAGUGGUUUUAUCUACUAAAGUACUUAAAAGCACUAAAAAAUUUAAAAUUUGUUAAAUCUUAUUCUUCUGGUAUAUUUUAAGUACCUAGUUUUGUUUUGAACUUUUUGGUAUUGUGAGUGCUUACAAAAAAAAUCAAGUUAACAAAAUGUUGACAGAAGAUUCACUGCAAAAUUUUCGCCAAAUUAUGGUAACUGCAAUUAAUCCAACAAUAUGUAUACUUGGUUGUUUAGCAAAUAUUUUCAAUAUGAUCAUAUUUACAAGGAAACAUAUGCGAUCAUCGACAAAUAUCUAUUUGACAGCCUUAGCAUUUGCAGAUUUCUUUUAUUUAUUCUUUUCACUUUCGGAACUUUUUAAUUAUCAACGUUUUUCUCAUUUUUAUGUUGCGAUAUACUUUUAUUCUUAUGGUACAAUUGUUUGGCUAAAAGAAGCAUUCUCUUAUAUAUCAAUUAGUAUAACAGUAAGUUUUACAAUUGAACGGUAUAUAGCAGUACGAUAUCCAAUACAUAGGCAACGUUAUUGUACAGAAACAAUUGCUAAACGUGUUAUAAUUGCUUUAUUCCUAUUUUGUAUUCUUGGUACAAUAGCAAAACCAUUUGAAUUUAAGUUUGUACAUAAAACUAAAGGAUAUAAUUCAAAAACUGGUAAUUAUUGUGAUCAAGAAUUAGCAUGUCUUGAGACUUCACAGCCAGAGAGAAUAGAAUUGGCACGUAAUAUAAAUGAUACAAGUACAACAACAAAAUUUAUUUGUAAUGAUGCAGAAAAUAAUAGAACUUUUGAAUUAAAUCAAAAUGAUGUGGAAAAUUGCAAAAAGAUCGAUUAUUAUAAAACAGAAGAAACCGAUCUACGAUUUAAUACAACAUAUGUACAAAUUUAUUCUAUUGUUGUAACAAUAAUAUUUGUUUUAAUACCACUUAUUGUCUUAAUUGUAUUUAAUUCAUUACUAAUACAUAUUGUACAUGAAGCAUCUAAAUUAAGAGAAAAAUUAACUCAAGUUCCAAUAUCAAGAUCAGAUUCUGGAUUAAAGAAAAAUGCCAAUGAAAUCAAAACCAUUUCACAAGAAAAUAAAAUUACAAUUGUUUUAAUUAGUAUUGUUGUUGUAUUUUUAUUAUGUCAAAUACCAUGGGCUAUUUAUGUGAUAUUUUUAUAUUUUACAAAUAUAUUAAGUUCAGAAUUGGCAUAUUUUUUAGCUAUUAUAUUAAAUACAUUAGUUGAUAUUAAUUCAGCUAUAAAUUUAAUAUUAUAUUGUGGUCUAUCAGAAGAUUAUAGGAAAACAUCAAAAAAAUUGUUAAGAGAACUUACAUUUCGUGCAUCAUCAACAGCAUCAUCGUCAUCGAAUAAACAAAAAAGUAUGUCAACAUUAGCUGAUCAUACAAUUUAUACUUCUUAAUCAUAUAAUAACAAAAAUUUGUUACCAUAACCAUCUGUUUUUUUUUCCAAAUUUAAUAAUGUAUGCAUUUUUGUUUAUUUAUAGUACUCAUUAUACUUAUUGUAUUGUAUAGAUAUUUA